CGUUUCGGUUUGGUAUCGGAAUUUCUCGUCCGUCCGGAUAUUGUCGGUUGUUUUUGGGGAAAUAUUCUGCUACUAUUAUCAACAGCGGGAAGUUGUGAUUGCGGAUUACUUGGCAGAGCGAGACGAGGUUGACGUUUGAGGUUGUUUUUUUUUUUCUUUCGGUAUAAACAACAAGCUUCUCCGGUGGCGAACGGAUGAAGAUUCGUCCGAUUUGUAGUUUCUGGGGCGGUUUAUAGGAAUCGCCGUGGGAAAGGUUCUGAUAAUUUUAUGUGCGGACCCUGUCAACAGCGCCAUUAAGGGUGCGUUUUUCCUUCGUCGUUUUGGAUGACCUGGUCUUGUGGGGCCAACAAUAAGGUGAUUUAGUGCAAAGAUAACGCAUUUUUUCGCCGUUCGUUCCGAGAAAGGCGGAAAGUGAUUUCGGCUGGCCGGACGACCUGCUGCGGACUUAGGGUCCCUCCCUGGAGGACCAUCCUGCGGAGGAAUUCAUUGAGAGGGAGUAGGAACAACCGCAUAUUAGCAUUUCAAAGAAGCUUAAGGGGGUAGUUUUGUGUGAUCGCUGUGAAUGGUCAUUCCGGGGGAUGUAAAACAAAUUCGGCAUUUCACAGGCCAUUUGUUGUUUAGUGCUCUGGGGUCGUUCCUUUGCUGCGUCUUGGACGACUAGCAGAAGUCUUUGUUUGCAGACGGCUUUUUGCCUGGGGUGAGAAGAAAAAUAGUUGGUGAUUAUUCCGAUAACGAUUCCGGUUGACACAGUGCUUCGUUUGGCUUCAAGAGACCGAAUAGUUCAACAGUAGACGCCUCCGAGCGAAUAAAUUUAUGGAUUAAUGCUGACAACACCAGAAGACGACAUUUUAAUUAAGCAACCAGGCAGUGGUCCACCAGGGGAACAAUUUCCCAAACUUCUCUGAUACCUACCUUGCGUCCAAGUCCUUAAACCUGAACCGAAGCACAAGGAAAAGUGAAAAUUGAAGGAAAGCCGCUCAUUUUUCUUCCUCAACGUCAUUCUUUUGGAGGCACUCUUCUAGAGGCGAACCUAGCACGUGCACUUGGUGUCGAGAAGAGAAAAAAAUCCAACCAUCGUACCCUUAAACGAGUGAAAAGCAAUCAACUAAACUGUGAGAGCAACCCCUAGUAGUUCCGGAAAAAAAUGACUGUGUGAAGCUGAUAAUUGAGUUUUGCGAGCGCAGACGGGAAAUUCGAACAAAUAGCUAUUUGGACGCAAUAUUUCCCCGCACUUUCCUUUUCCCUCUAACACAUACACUCUACCGACGACAGCCGGUAAAAAAUUAGCGGUGAUAGUGAAGUGCCCGUUCAAGUCCGGGAAAGAAAUCAAUUACCGAAAAUUUUCACCCCCAAAAUCCCGGAAAGAGUGCUUUCGAGAAUAAAGCGAGUGUGAAGUUGUGCUCUGGAAAAUCACUUUCCCAAACAGUCAGCCAACAGUCGGUGUGUGGAAAUAGUGUUAUACUGCUACGUGGCACCGGAAAUUGGUUGCCCGUAAUUGAAUUUCUAGCAAAAGGCAACAAGCAAACAUCGUAAACGUUUGAAGCAGAGUGUGGGAAGUGAUCCGGAAGAAGCGAACGGAAACCCGACGAGGGGAAAACAAAUCUCAGUCAAUGUGUCCGUUAGAAAAUUGAUUAUACUGUCGGUAGAAGAUUUCCCAGAACGGCCAAGGGUAUUGAAAAUUCUUUCGUAAGGUAAAGACUACCCAAGGAAUCCCUCUCCUCUCAAUUUUGGGUAGGUACGUGAACCUCUAUCGUUCAGCUUUCACCCAAAGCACAUAUAUGAAUGCGUGUGAUUUAGUGAAAGAGACCCAACGACGACCGGUUUAAUCGACCGAAAAAAUACUUGAAAGAUUUAUCGGAAGGUUUGCCCAACGCGACCAACCAGGGCGAAAAAAAGAGCACCACUUUUAUGCUCCAUAAACCUGACACCGCUGGCUGGAAAAACAACUCAAAUCGAAAACUAACUUUGAGCCCGGAAAGCAAAGCAAAAAUCUUAAGGGUGGAAAUCUCGGCAGCUUCCGCCUCCCACCCAAAUCUGUGUGCAUCCUUUUUUCCGCAAACUUAAAGGGAUCAAAAUUCCUCCCCCUUUAGGAUGCUUCCGAAGUGAAAAACUGAAAAAAAUAAUUAAAUUUUGAGUCUUGCUGCUGAGACUAACAAACGAACGCGAAAAGCUUGUGUUCUUGUGUGUGUUGUGUUGUGUGAGUGCCGAGAAGCAAUUUCCUUGCAAUGAAAAAUAUUUGAAAAAAAAACAAAACAACGCAGCUUCAAUGCGGGCAGCACAUGUGAGAAACCAACCAGCUUCCCUGAAAAUGGAAUAAAAACCGGAGGUUGUUCCAGCUUUCUCGACGACGACGACGAACUACUAUCCAGAAACAACACAGGAUAUCGCUCAAGGAAAUCAUCACGCUGCUGCUGUUAGGGAAGGAAACAAAAGCAGUUCCGGUCAUCAGCUGUGGAGCAGUGCCAACCAAAACUAGAAAGACGGAUCAGGAGCAAAAAAAGACGGGGAAGACGACGACGGCGAGAAAAAGACUGAAAAUGAGGAACAAUAUGAGAUCAAUGACGUGCUUCGUGAUACUGCUGCUGAUCUUCAUCAUGAAUUAUGAAUUAUGCAACGGUCGACCGGAGCCGUUCAUUUCGACAAUCGACGUAGACGCACCGACCGUGGCGCCGAAAUUUAUGACACGAGGCCAUCUUUACAAGGCCGUCAUCGGCGAUUCGAUCGAGCUGCCCUGCAAAGUGAAGGAUCUGGGCUCCUAUGUGCUGCUCUGGCGUCGGGGGACAUCGGUGCUUACGGCUGCUAAUUUAAUGGUGACACGUGAUACCCGCUUCAAGCUGAUCGAGGGCUACAAUCUGCAGAUAGCCAACGUUAAAAUUCAGGACGCCGGCGAUUAUAUCUGCCAGAUAGGCGAUAACGAGAGCCGAGAUCAGGUGCAUACGUUGGAGAUUCUAGUGCCUCCGACGAUACGAGUGGUGCCCCAAAACCGGCAGAUCACAGCCCGGAAAGGCAGCACGGUGACGCUCGAGUGCAAAGCCUCCGGAAAUCCAGUGCCAACCAUCUACUGGCACAAAAAGGAUUCCUUUACCGGUGCAUCACACCUGUCGGAAAGUUCGACUAUGGUUCUGGAACGUGUCGAUAGGCAUCAUGCCGGAAUCUAUCAGUGUACGGCAGACAACGGAGUUCGGGAAGCAGUUCACGCUGACAUCGAAGUCACAGUUCUGUCUCCACCAGAUAUAACAGUUGAAAAAACGUGGGUUCAUGCCAGUGAGGGUUUCGACAUCGAUUUAGUGUGCACCGUUCAUGGAGAUGUAAAUUCUGAGAUGCUGUGGUACCAGAACUCGUUUCUUCUUGAUCCCACCGAUAGGCGAUCUAUGUACUCCAAGGGUGACAAGUACACCCUUAACAUCAGGAACUUCCAACAGUCCGACUUUGGAAAUUACAGGAGACAUUUUACUGCUGACAAUGCCAAUGAUGAUAAUUUCGACGACGAUGAUACUGAUGCUGCUGAUGAUGGUGGCAUAGAUGGUAGGAAAAUUCUUCAAUUUCUUAAGGAACAAGGUUCAAGUUCCAUCUUCCGUCUUCCGAAGCUGGUCGUUGGGCAAAUGUUGUGGUACCAGAACUCGUUUCUUCUUGAUCCCACCGAUAGGCGAUCUAUGUACUCCAAGGGUGACAAGUACACCCUUAACAUCAGGAACUUCCAACAGUCCGACUUUGGAAAUUACAGUUGUGUGGCCGAUAAUGCACUGGGGAGGACGAAAAAGUACAUCGAAGUGUCCGGCCGGCCUGGUCCAGCAACGUUCCUUUCGCCCGCCUACAGCACCUAUCUGGAUCGGUACAAUCUGACGUACACGAUCGAAUCCAUCCCGCCACUGGACGAGAUCAAGCUGCUGUACCGGAAGCUCAUGAUGAACGAAACAUAUCAACAUCCGGGCAGCUGGGAGGAUACGAUUCUGGUGCCAACGCUGACCCGCUCAGACCCGACGCAUUUUAUUAUGUCACAUGUGAUAAAGGGAUUGUCGCCCAAUUCGGUGUACGAGGUGAUGAUCCAGGCGCGGAAUAUGCACGGCUGGAAUGAGAUAAGCGAUAUCCAUCAGUUCUACACCCGGAACUACGAGCUAGCCUUGAACGAGCUGGAAUUCGUGAUGAGUUCGAUCUCCAACAGUGGUGCCAACCGAUUGCUAGACUCGUUGCUGCAAGGAUCCGCUUGGUGGCGCCACUGCUGCUGUUCCUGUUGGCUGAUAAUUAAUUUACUCACAAUUAUCACUACCGCCUGGGUUCAUUAAUAAUGCAAUGGCGGUGCCGGAUGUGUGUAUGAGUGAAGGUGUACAGGAAGAUACUUAGCUGGCAACGACGACAGAAGCAGCAUCAUUGCUGCCAUCAAUUUCCACAUAGAGAUUAUCCAGCCAGGUGAGAUAAUUGGACGAAUGGAAGGGGAAAACGUUAAAAAGGCCGGGAAACUUUUUUUUUGUUGCCGGCACUGAAAGGUCGAAGAAACUAUGCGAAUGGCGAGCGAAACGGAAACCCACGAUUUUUCUAGCGUGAUACUUUUAUACAAUGGCAAAACAAGCACAUACAUACAUAACUGGUUAAGAGGGGUUUUAGCUAGUUGAGAUGAGUUGAAGGUAGAAAAACUACACUCAUCUGUCUCUAAAACUUGAAAAGCGUAUCGGUGGAAGUAACAGCAAAAAUAAAAGAUUCCAUGUGAUAAAUGAACUGAAAACGAUGUGAAAAAUAUACUUACAUCGUAGAAAACACUGCAAUGAAAGCUGAUUUAAAAAAAAAGCAAAAACAAAAACCCGUAACUUAGCUGUACGUAAUGACUAGGUUAGUGUGUAGCCCGGAAAAUAUAACUGCAGAUAGACAGCUGAACAUGAUAUUCCACUGUAGAUUUUAAUAAUUGAAAAGGAUACCGAUAGCGUUCUCGGACUGUUUCGAUUGGGGGCCUCAAUUGCAAUACACUGGUCAACGACUCAUAUGGUUUCUUUUGGCAUUAUUUUGAUUAUUUACUGCAAACGGGCCCAUCUAUGGUCUUGAGAUCUUAGAUUUUUUAGCCUCACUUAGAGCUGUUAAACACCUUAAAAAUUUAAAUGCAUCAAAAAUACAAUUAUCAUUUAUAAACCUAUUUUUUUUUUGACUGAACUCUCAUUUUAAUAAUUCAAACUAUUGAAAAUCCCAUUUCGCUUUUUUGCAUAGUUACCUACAGUUAGAGAUCAAUAGCUUCCAACUACAGUAGAACCCCGCUUAUCCGAGGCAGUCGGGAAAAGGACCACCUCGGAUAAGUGAAACCUUGGUUUACACAAAAUACAUGGAAAACUUUGUCCUUUAGCUUUGAAGCUGCAUAUCACCCAGGCGCAUAGCUUGGUCGAUAUAUGGAUUUUGAUAUGCUAUCAAAUCGUGUUAUUCGGCAAAUUUAAACUUAAACUUGUCAAUAAACAUCGGGUUAAUAGAACUACCAUACGUCGUGUCAGUAAAACACAACUAUACUCGGAUUUUGUAUGGAAAAGGUAGCUAAGCGUAUUGAUCAUAUUUUCACUUGUGAACAUAAGUUGGAGUGAUAUCUGCAUGUUCAAAAACUACGAAAUUAAGCAAAGUGUAGUCGGAGAAUGAUUUUAGAAAUAGAACUUCUAUUUCCACUGGAAGAAGAUUCUCUUAGAAAUCAUAUUGUUAAAUGAUCAUCUUAUUUUAGGAGGUGAAGAUCUCGUUUCAAUUUUUCAAAUCAAUAACAACAAUUUGAACUCUAUUUUUAUAUAUUUUUUUAAGAGCGUUCAAUAACUUAUUUCAACCUGUAGGGGAGAGAGUCCACUGCGCCAAGUAUCAUCAUAACUACUUUGUGUGUCAGGUUUCUUCACGAUCGGGACUCGAUCUCAUGAUCAUUGGCUAAGAAGACAAGGAUGCUAUCUUCUAGGCCACAAUCUGCUGGCUAAAUGAUACUUCAUACAGUUUUUGACCAGCAAAUUCAAUACGAUAGCAUGGAUAUUUGAUCAAAUUAUACUUUCCCACACUUUGGACUCUUCCUCUUUUACCAAAAUCCAUGAAAAAUGACGCUACUUAAGAAAUUUUGAGUUUUUUUGAGCUUGGCUAGGCAAGUCCAAAGUAUUUUUUGCAAAAUAAAGACCGCUAUCAACUUUAAAAAAGAAGGCUCCUACAUAUAAUCAGCCUCAGAUUGGUGAAGCUCGUUCAGCUUGAAAGUCUUUUAAAAAUAACUCGUUGGUUUUGAAAAUCGUGAAAAUAGCCACAUUUUGUAAAAUUAUGAAAGAAUUGUGAUCAAUCUUGGUAACACAAGAAAUCCGAGAUACAUCGCACCGGAUGUAAACACACAUGACUGUCACAUUUUCGAGCAACGCAUUCGAAAGAUAUGCAAAGCCAUUUUUACAUUUAGGUAUUUUAAUAAAUUUUCCAAAAAGUUUUUUUAACUGAUGAAAAUUAUAUAUAUUUUUUAAAGCAUAGGCUAAACAGUUUGCCAGUAUUCAACAAAGUUGUGAAAUUUUAUAAAAUAUCUAUUAUCAAUCGGUUUUAAGCGUCCUUUUCUAAUGCCAGAAAAAAUGAAAAUUUAUUUUUUAAAGAAGUCAUGUAAAUUGAUUUUAUUUCACUGAAACCCUCUCUUUUUAAAAACAUAAAACCAAUUAAGUUGCAGAUUUUUGAAAACAAAAACAACUUAUUGGAGCCCAAUUCAAAGUUUUUUUAAUUUCCAAUUAACUUCUUAAGUCAAGCUCUAAAUUUUGUAUUGUUUAAUAAGCGAAUAAGUUUAAGGAUUUUUGAUUUUCUACGGCGUGUUCACAACAUAUGCUUUAAAUAGUAGUAUUGAAUAGGGAAUAAUGAGGAUAUUUGAUAACAUUUAUUAUUCUAUCAUAUCUUUUUGGAAAAAUGCAGCAGAUCGAAGUCUUCUGCAUUUUUUGACAGCAUGUAAUUUCAAAAUAUUAUGCACUAGAAAAGAAAAAGAAACAUGAACCCGUAGAUGAACUAGAAGAAUUUCCGUGGGACAUAAAAAAAAUAGAUAAAAGAGACUUGAUCCUUUAUUCAGAGUGCCUUAAGUCUUGGUAAAAAUCAAACAAUAUCUGAGUAUAGCAGGUCCAUAGACUCUUUUUGGCAAUAUAAGUUUUCAUUUCACAGUUUAUAAGUGCCAGACAAAAAGAAUUUUAAAUAUUUGCCUACAAUGCUAGUGCCAUGGCAUUGGCAUACUUAGAGGCGCAAUUAUCUCACAUUUUGAUAAAAGCACAAUUUUGGGUCUUUUUUGUCAGGCAAUCAUUGGAAUAAUUAAGUAAUUGGAUAAAUAUCAUUAAUUUCGUCCUAAGGAAUGAUCAAAAUCUAUUCGAAAGAAAAAGAAAUCUUUUUGGACUCUAGGGAAGGGUUGGUCGAUCUUUGGAAGGUUGAUCUUUUCAAAUUAAAUUUUCGAUUUUUUGGAUCGAUUCUUUUGCAAGAAAAAAAAUCGAUUAGAUGGUUUCAUUUUCGAUCCAAUCUUUCUAUCUUUUGGAUUCCUUUUCUCGCUGAGCUGAGAUAAAAAGAUUCCUUCUUGAUUACCGAUUUAAUGUCAAAAAUUCUAAGCUCGCUAGAUUUUUGCCCAAAUAUGCAACACCUAAUUUAGAAAUGGUCCAGUUUUUUCAGAUUCUCCUUAUUUUCAAAACCAAACAAAAAAUUCAAAUUGAAAAUUUCUUAUGUUUCAAUUUUGCGCCCAAGAAAGAUUAUUUUAAGCCUUAAGUACAAUUUCAAAUCUUCUAUGAAAAAUGUUUCAAAUUUUUAACCAUUUUCAUUGAAUAAUACCUGAGAUUUACACAAAUUAGCCCUGAUGUUUGAUUGAAAAGUUUGAAUUAAUAUGCCCGGAUUUUGCCAUGUUUUUAGAUAAAAUUGCUCGGCCCGGAUACGCGCGAGAAAAUUUUAGCAACCUUAAUCAAUUUGGCUUUUGUGAAGUUUUUGUACGCAGACUUCGUAACAUUGUGAGAACCUAAAUUGAAACGUUGAUAAAAGGAGCUCUCCCUAAUUAACACUGGAGAUCGACCCUACAGAUACGAUUUUUUAGAUGGAUCGAUCUUACGACCGUUUCACUGAAUCGAUCUUGGAGAUCGAUCAUUUCCUGGAGAUCUAAUAUUCCUAUUCUAGGUAUCAAUUGAAUCCAUGAUAUACAUCAUGAAGUUCAUAUUUUACUCUAACGAUAGACAUAUUGAAGUAAAUAUUUUAAUUAUAAUGUUUUAGUGUGGGAACAUUUUAAAGUGAUAAAAGAACCACCAAGUCACAUUUUGUAAGAUUUUUCAAACUAAUAAUUCUAUUUUUUAAGUUUUUCAGAUAACAAGUUUGUCGAUUUGGUCUGUUUGGCAAUGUUGUCUAGUUCAUUUGAUCUUCGUAAGACAUUCAUCAAGUUUCCCCAGGGAUCAAGCAUUCUUAGUAUUUCCUACUAUUUGCAAUUAAAUAAAAUUUUCGACGGCUGGACUUAUUUCUUGUUUUUGAAUAAUUAACAAUUUUAUAAUCUGUCCUUUUGUAUAUUAAAAAAAAAGUUUUAUUGGUGAACUAACAUUAAAAUAAUUUCUUAAUUUUUUUUAAAAAAUUUCAUUUCAUAUAACUUUUUAGUAAGAAGUUUAAUUUAUUAUGGAAUAAAUCUAGUUAAUAUGGAGAUAACAAAUUCCCAAAAAGAGCAACACAAGGAAAUGGAAAACUACCAAAUAACAUUGCGUAUAGAUUUCAGUUUGAAUCAAAUGGGUUAUUUUUUGUUAAUUGAGGUACAAGAUUUUUUUAUUUGAAUUCUUUUCCUUGCGGUUACCAUCGGUUAAAGUUUUUUUGUAUUCUCUGAAUUUUGUGUUCAAUAAGGGGACGGAAUAAUAUGAAAAUUAAAUAAAAAAUAAAUAAUGCCUAAUAUUAUAAUUAGAAACAAAAUUACCCUUUAUUGAGUAACCGACAGUUUUCUUUAUAAAUAGUUCAUUUAAUUACAAAAUUUAAAAAAAAAUCCCUUUUCAUUUUGCUCAAUAUUUAAGAGCUGAUUUCGAUAAAUCCAAAUUAAACUCCAGUAAUUAAACUUUUGCUAUGUAUUAUACGCAAUUUGAGGAAAUUGAUAAUCAAUUUUCAAAACAAAACUUUUUUUUGGAAAUUUUCGAAGCACAGUUUAAACGUUCUGCGAUCACUAUUGAAUAAAUUCAAUUAAUUUAAAUCAAGGCAAGGAAAUAUGCAAUAAGGAUGACUUGAAUUAUUAUGACAGAAAUUAUAAUUUUUUCGUUGAACUGUGUUUUAAAUAUUUUUAACGAUUUAUCCCUUAAUCUUAAAUAUAUUCAAAAAUUAAAUGCAAUAAAGUGGUAGAAAUUCCUAUGAGCACAAUCAUUUUUUAGGUUUAUUCUCAUCAGAAAUGAAAUAUCACCAAAAUUAUGAUAUCAUUUGAAACAUUUUUUAAAAUUGCACUAUUUUUAUCAUAACACAAAUUAAUUGGAAAUUAACGAUUGAACAAACAACUGUUAGUAAAAAUAGCUGGUUGGAAACCUUUUAUCAAAAAAGUGUUAAUGGUAUUGAGUCAAUUGGACUAUCCAAUGUUUUUGAGACUUUUUUUGUACUCGUCUAUUUGAAAAUUGUGAAUCUUUAAGUUCCUUCCAGUCUUUCUCAUGUUUGUUGCACAUGGACUGAUCCAAACUUUCGAUAAUAACUUCAGACACAUCUGGAAAAGAUAUUCCUAAGAUUUUAAAACGCAUUCAGAGCUAAAUUAUGGCCACUCCGUAAAAUGAUUCUUUCUCAUGAAAAACCCUUACAAUUUUUUCUUGGGAACAUGCAUCAAGGCAUUAUUUAGCAGAAAGAUAAAGUUAACAUCCAUAAUUUUCUUAGAAAAAGAAGAACAGUUCACAGUUUAGAAAUUUUGUGCAGUUAUUUUGAAAUAUAAUUAUUUGAAUUUUUCCUUUUCCCAAGAAUCCAAUCUUCAUCAUGAGACAGCGUCUCUGAAGUUUUAAUUUCUGCUGUGCCUUGGGAACUUUAAAAGAUUAUGAUAAAUUUGAGGAUAAACACGGAUAAUGUUUUUCAAUGAGAAGGAGUUUAUUUUUACUAUUAGAAUCAGAGUAGAACUGAAAUUUCAGAAAGAACAGUCUUAUAGUAUGAAUUGAAAAGGUAAAAUUUGAAUACUCAGAAUUCAGCAUAAAAUGCACUACUAGACAGUAACUGAUUCCAUUUACGGAGGAUUUUAUAAACUUUCACUUUAUCUCUCUGCUUUUUACUGUCAUAUUUCAUAUCCGAAAUAAAAAUUGGAAUGGAUCUCAAAGAGAAAAAAUCAUUUUCCGGAGUUUCAGGCCAUAAUUAAGCUCUGAAUUCUAUUUGAAUCACAGGAAUAUCUCUGCCAGAUCUGUUAAAUGUUUGGAUCAGUUCAUAAGCUGCAAACACGUGAAAGAUACAAAGGAACCUACAUAUUUACAAUUUUUAAUUGGCUAGAACAAAAAGUCUUAAAAAUAUAGGAUAAUCCAAUUGACUCAACGUCCAACCAAAUAUUUGACAGUAUUUUGAUAACAGCCCAAGUAACAAUUUUAGCUUUAUUAUGGUCAGCAAAAUUUCGUUUGGACUAUAGCAUUAAUCUUCAUAAAAAGCUAAAGCGCAUUCUAUAACAUCACCUGGACUCUAAUAAAGCCAAAAUUAGGCUAUUUGGCC